AUGCCUUCCCGUUUAGCCAUCAGCACCAUGUCGCUCGGGCGAUGCUGGGCUGGCCACUCGUUCGAGCACAAGAUGGACAUGGCAGCAAAGUACGGUUACCAAGGCAUCGAGCUCUGGCACGAGGACAUGAUGGACGUUGCCGAACAGCUUCCCGGCGGUGCCGCCCUCCUUGAGAACCAGCUGGCCGCCGCCAAGAUCGUCAAGAGAAUGUGCGAUGCCCGCAAUAUCGAGAUCCUUUGCCUCCAACCUUUCCAACAUUUCGAAGGUCUCAUCGACCGUGAACAACACGCUCGCAGAAUUGAGGAGCUGCGCGUAUGGAUCCAGCUCGCCCACGUUCUGGGCACCGACUUGAUCCAGAUCCCCAGCAACGUUCUCCCCGCAGAGCAGGUCUCCGAGGACCUGAAUCUUCAUGUCGCAGACCUGCAAGAAGUAGCAGACAUUGGUGCUGCAUCCAACCCACCUAUUCAGUUCUCAUAUGAGAGCUUGUCAUGGGGUACCAGAGUCGACGUCUGGGAGACGUGCUGGGAUGUCAUUCAAAGAGUCGAUCGCCCCAACUUUGGCAUGUGUCUCGACACUUUCAACAUCGCCGGCCGCAUCUUCGCCGACCCUUGCGCGGCAUCCGGAAGGACAGAAGAUGCCGAGCAGGCCGUCAAGGAUUCCAUCCAGAGACUUCUGACUACGGUCGACGUUUCCAAGAUCAUCUACGUGCAAGUUGUUGACGCCGAGCGCCUCGCCGAGCCGCUCUGCCCGACGCACCCCUACUACAACGCCGAGCAGCCGUCGCGCAUGUCUUGGUCUAGAAACUGCCGUUUGUUCUACGGCGAGUACUCAAGAGGAGCAUAUCUUCCCGUGCGAGAAAUCUGCGCAGCCAUCUUCCAGGGUCUCGGCUUCGAGGGCUGGGUCAGCUUCGAGCUGUUCAACAGGAGGAUGUCGGAGGAGGACCACGACGUGCCGGAAGAGCUGGCCAAGAGAGGCGCUGUUGCUUGGGCUAAGCUGGUCAGGGAUAUGAGGCUGAGGGUGGAAGAGCCUUCGACUACUGUCACGGCAUCGCUAUAA